GGAGCCGCAGUCUGUUGCUGUUCACUUCAGGGCAACUUCGUUGAUUCAAGUCUUCGGAACAACAGUUACAACAUUUUCCUGUUUUCAUCAUGACUUCAUUCCUCUUUCCUGCAACCACAGCAUCCCAAGGUCUGCGCAUGCGCAGAACCUACGGAACAGUUUACACGGACAUAGUUAGGGCAUCAUCGGAUGCCAUCGACGCUCUGUCUCUUUAUCGCCGUCUUAUCUUCGCUGAAGGACCCGGAGCAGAAAACGUUGGUUUCGCGGCAUUCGAUGCUCACGUUGGUGACACGUCCUGUCAGCUGCGAGCUUGUAUGUUACUUGACCUGACAAGACAACACAAAGAAUGGGCAGCAGCGGGCAGUGGACACGUAACGUGGCUUGACAGUUACAUCGAGAAGCUGAGGAAGGUACACGAAAAUGGACGAGAGGUGCUUGCUAAACUGACCUUCAACCGCAUCCAUCCGGAAAAACUGGGAAUUGGGGCCGAGGAAGAUACACCCACCGGUAUCUUGAACCAUUUGGGAUGGAGUGAGCCGGAGAUACCCGGCUGUCCUGAAGGUCUCUAUCCAAAUCUGCUGGAGGCAUCCUCAAAUGGUUUCGGUUUCCAGCAUUCUUAUGAACGUACAAAGGGACUGUCAUUGGGAGCUAUAGGCGAAUUUUCGGUUGCCGUUGUUCAGGUUGGACAACCAGCAGAGAAGAAGAAACCCCGCGCAAAGGCGUAUGUGUCGCCACUCUUGGACAACAACAGUACCGAUGCAGCUGCAGCAUGGGACCCAGUCGACACAAGAAUUCUUGUCAGGUUCCUUGUAUAUUCCUUUGUACUUUCCAAGUACAAGACUUUCCGCCAGUUCAAGCAUACUGUGGGUGGGCGCCUUCAUCCCGAGGCAGCAAUCUGUGAGGGUGAUUUUAUGGUGCAUGAUGUGUGGGAGAAGAGUGUUUGUGAUUAUAAGUAUUCAAAAGCUCCACGGCGAAUCAAUCAGGAGUUUAGAGCCUUGCAAACCUGGAUUUCAGAGCUGAGUUGUGCUUGGCUGUGUCAUAUAGCAAAGGAAUCCACGGCCUCUCCUGGCAUUGGGAGCCUAAUGGUACAGACCCUCCAAAAUUCUUCAAAGAAUUUAAUGUGCAUCCCAACAUAUGUGGGGUACCUGGCCAUUCGAGAGCGAUGGGGCAAGUACGGAGACUCUCUGAUCCUGGUUGAUCGACAUUUCUGCAAUGAUGGCUACCAUUCCAACUUCUUCCUUGCCACGCUGAAACUCGAAAGCACAAAUGCAGGCUCUGAAAGUGGGCGCCCACAGCACUGCCUUCCACUGAAGCACCAGGUCAGCUGGAAGAUUGAGCGGAUCAGUAAAGACUGGCUCUUGAAUCAUCCUGAACAGAACAUGCCACAUAUUAUUGUCAUGGGGAACAGCAUCGAUGGUUCCGACGAAGACUAUAUGAGGGCAAACACAACCAGCCAGCGACAUGAUAAACCAGAUUGCCACCACAACGAGGAGCACGUUCUGAAGUUCCUAGCCCAUGACCAUGAUCGGCUUGCCCUGUCCUUUUUUGCCCAACACAGACACUACGCCUUUGAUUUGAAUGGUCAAAAUGGAGAGGAUGGCAAUGCACUCCAUGAGCAUGCAGUAGUGGCGGAGCACAUGGACCAUUUCUUCCCCGAGCUGGCUCGAAAAUGGUCCGAUUCAAAUAACGAGGCAGACGAGAUGGGGACAGCAGGUGCUUCUCUGCACAUGUUUGGUUGGCAACAUGCUUUUACCGAGACCAAGGGACGCAUUGCAAAAAUGGUUUCUGAGGCGAGAGACACAUUACCUAUUGCUGCACCACUCAGGAAACUGAUGUGAAAUCAAUGACACGAGUCAGCUACGGCUGCCUAAUUAUCUUUACCAAAUAGCUAGCUGCGUACAAUCACUCACCUUUAAUUCCCAUUCUGGU